AUGAACUCGGGUCCUGAUAAGCCGUCAAAUGGGUCAUCAACGCCUUCCCAGUCGUCAAUACUAUACCAAGAUGCGUCUCAGGAUUUAUUCAUAAUAGACAUACCAGCAUCCAUCAGCCUAGCGCAGCACCCACUCAGCGUCAUUAGAAAUGAUACCCUGUCAAAAGUACGACUGAUACGCUCCUCAGAAGCCAUCAGAGACCCGUAUAGCGGGCCAUCCCCCGAGCCAAAAACAGCCUCGAGCAGGGAGAAGAUUCUAAAGCUCGUACCGGCUGAGGAUCAUGGGUAUCAUGCAUCGAUCCUUGCCUCUGUUGAUGGCGGGUUGAAGAAACUUAAUGAAACCUACCAGGGCGAAUGGUGUUAUAGUAGGCGUACAGCACCGCUACGUGAAGAAAUACAUCCUUCCUUAACGCCUAGGAAACGCUUGAGAGUGGAUGAACCGGAGUUGGCACCUAAUGCGCCAGGACACGCUAGAUUAUCAGAUGAAGAUCAAGUGUACGGCCACCAAGAUAUGGCUCCCGGGCUCCCACCUAUUAUACUCUCGCCAGAUUUGAACUGCUUCCCGUCUGCCAGAGACAUAUACAACAGCCUUGUGAAGAAUCCGAACUCCUGCCAGGCCGUGAUCAGGUUCGAUGAAACCACCGGUCUUACACCGACUAGCACGGAGCCUACACCACAGAGACAAAAGCUCUUUCUGGUUCCUCCAGAGUCAACCUUUAUAUUAACGCACAUCCAACCGGAUACGCUGUACCUAACCAACCCACUGUCGCUCAUCCCAUCUGACCAAAAAUUCCACUUCAUACUGGCCGAUCCGCCGUGGCCUAAUCGUUCCGUCGGACGGUCGAGGCAAUACAAUGUAUCAACACUAUUAUUUGACGACUUAGAGCUGCUUUUGAGAAAUAUUGUGCAGAAAUUUCUUGCAAUGUCUGGUAUAGUAGGGGUCUGGGUUACCAAUUCUGGAAAGGCGCGACACGCAGUAAGGAAUGCGUUUCGGGCAGCUGGCGUUGCUAUAAUUGAAGAGUGGAUAUGGGUCAAAACGACAGUAACUGGGGAGACGGUCACCGCGCUUGAUGGGAUAUGGAGGAAACCUUAUGAGGUGCUGAUAAUUGGGAGGGCCGGUGGACAAGAGCGUGACAUCAGGAGGAGGAUUAUUGCUGGUGUACCGGAUGUGCAUUCACGGAAACCGGGGAUGAGGGAGUUAGUUGGGCAGAUAUUCUUCAGUGGGAAAGAAUACACGGCCUUGGAGGUGUUUGCACGAAGUCUCACGGCGGGCUGGUGGGCAGUUGGGGAUGAGGUAAUGAGAUUUAAUUGGGACGGGUGGUGGGCAGAAUAG